CGAGCUCGUAUUCGCGUCGUCGCCCUUUCUCCUCUCUUCUCCUCUCCUCCCCCGUCUCCGCCGCUCGCGAUCCCCACCGCCGCCGGCGACGCGCGCGCGGCGGUCGCCGGGCGUUGUGUCCGCGCCGCCCCGACGAGCCGGCUCGUCGACGGAGACGGUGCGGCUGUUCCUCCGUACUCGUCGCCCGCCACCUCAUCCCGCGGCGCCGUCUCCCUCGAUCCCCUCGCCAAAGCGCGCAAGGAAGGAAGGCUCUCCCCCGCCACCGACGCCGUCCGUCCAGAUCUAAGGUUUUGACACAAUGGGGUUAUUCAAGGGCAGCUUCACAUUCAUGGUGGGAAUGGGAUGUGGUGUCUAUGUAGCUCAGAACUACAAUGUUCCAAACAUCAAGAAGCUUUUCAACACAUAUGUUUUCAUGGCAAAGCACAUCGAGGAAACGUAUCGGAAGCCAAAGAAAGAUGAUGACUGAUGAUUUCCACAGAUUUUCAUUUUGGUGCCCCUGGAAAUCAACGUGUAACUAACAUGAUACAGAAAUAUGAUGUUCAUGAAUGGGGAAGUCGGUAAAGUCGGUUCUGAUCGUCGGCAAUUGAACUAUGGUGGCUUAAAUGCUUUACCGGUGAACCACUGUUUACUACUUUACUAUACUGCUUUUAGGGGGGUUGUUAGAGAGACAGAAGUUGCUGUCCAGAUGACAAUGACUCCCUUUUAUCUUUUGUCGGUGCUACGAAAAUGCACUUGACCUUUUUUUGGCUGUUGAAAUGUGUAGGACUGGAAAUCCACCACUAUUAUCAUGUCCAUCUGUAUAUGUCAUGCUUAGAUUUUCAAGAGGCCACUGUUUACUAUACUGUUUUUAGGGGGUUGUCAGAGAAGCAGAAGUUACUGUCUACUCGAUGACAAUGACUUCCUUUUGUGGUUUGUCGGUGCUAGGAAAAUUUACUAGACCUUUUUUUUGGCUGUUGAGAUGUGUAGGCCUGGAAAAUUUACUACUGUUAUCAUGUCCAUGUGUAUAUGUCAUGCUGAGACUAACUUUUCAAGAGGUCACUGUUGUUUGUGCAUGCAA